UUUGAAAUGAAGAUAUCGUGUCGAUUGUAAGACAAAAUAGUUACGGGAUGAGCACGAAUCGUUGGACAGACCAGUCAGACGGUUACGGAAUGAGCACGACGCAUUCGUCAGACCAAGCAUGCGGUGCUCAUAAAGCAGAAAUGAGCCAAGUUAAGCGUACUUGAAGGCACUUAAAAUGACUUUCAGUUCCUAGGUGAAGAGAAUUAUUCUGUAUGCCAAAUUCUCCUUUGAAGGAGCACUACUGAACCUACAGGCUGUGAAAGCCGGUUAUGAAUCGCUCAGAGGAGGAGCGGGCUACCCUGUACUCGGCCGGGACCCACGAAGAGAACGUUUUUUUCACCAUCUUCUACAUGCUGCUCCUUGUCUCCUCGGUGCCCUGCAACGCGCUGGCUCUGUGGGUGUUCAUGCGUGGACAGAGCUGCACCCCUUCCACGGUGCUUCUGCAGAACCUGGCGAUAGCCGACAUAUCCUACGUGCUGGUGCUGCCCAUGCGCGUGCUCUACCACGCCGCAGGCAGUCGGUGGCUCCUGGGCGAGGCCCCCUGUCGCCUAGUGGGCUUCUUCUUCUUCCUCAACCUCUACUGCAGUUUGUACUUCGUGGCUUUCAUUAGCGUGGACCGACUGCUGGCUGUGGCGCUGCCCCCGCGGUGUCAGCGCCUGAGGUGUGGAAAGAAGGCCAGCGUGGCGUGCGCGAUGCUGUGGGUGACGGGGAUCGUCUCCAUGUCGCCCGUGCUAUUCACGCCCCAAACUAGCACCCUUCGCUCCGGAGUAGGCAACGUGACGGUGUGCAGCCAGCUGUACCUGGAAAAGGCGUCUUCCAGCGCUCUUGCGUCCACCGCCGUCGCGGUCACUGUUCCUCUAGUUACCCUGCUGGUCUCGUACACCCUCAUCCUCCUCAGGCUCCGCGCGACGCCGUUCCCGGAGAGGACUCGUGCUCAGCGCAAAGCAGCGGCCAUGAUCGUGCUGACGGUGCUUAAUUGCCUUGUGGCAUUCGUGCCUUACCACGCACACCGAUUCCUUUACAUCGAGCGGCACACCCGGGGCCACAUAUCCGAUGCUGAAAUCAGGUCCCUGGCGUUUGGUAACCGCCUGACCUCAGCCAUCACAUGUUUUAGUGCAGUUCUUGAUCCUGUGAUGUACUUUUUCUUGGCUAGAAAUUACCGGCAAGCUCUGCUUAAGAUGUGUGGAAGAACAGUGGACAAGGAAAAGCAGCCGUCCACCACAUGAAUAGGGCAGAUCACUCGCAAUAGUAACCCACAUAUAUGUUAACGGAUUUUUAUUCAUUUCUUUUAAGCACUUAUUAUAAUUAUAAUUUAUAAGGAAAUAAUUGAUAUAAUGUAAUACUAAGUAGUAUUGUUGAUGUUGUUGAUGAUGCUUUCCUUUAACUCUGUUUAGAUAUGCCAUCGCCAGCCAGUGGUUCAUCUAAACAUACUUAACCCUGAAACUGAACUGCAAUCUCAGUGGCUACAGUAGCUACAAUACACUAUACUGUAAAUGUUACCUGUA